AUGGCGGACCCAGCCCCGCGUAGAUUCGGCACCGGUUCCCAGGCCGCUCUCGCUCCGCCCCCGCCACAGCGUACUCGUUCAGCAUCGUCUACCUCCUCUGCAAACCCCCCGGCAUUCGACAUCACGCUGGCAGCAGACAAGGCACAGCAAUGGCUGUCUACUUGGGCCCCCCGGGGCGAGGGUAAGGGCAGGGAUUUCAUCAUCAAUGGGCUCAACGGGGUGGCCAGUGUCGCCAGCACCGUUUCAAGCGGCCUCAAUGCCAGACACGGGGAUGGGGAGCUAUCCCACUUUGCCAACCGGUCCACAUCCAGCUUCCUUACUCCUUCCAACUCUUCCGCAUCCCCCUCGACCAGCCCUGAUGGACGAUUCAGCAUAUCCCCACCACCGCUUGGGCCUCUGCAUGCGCACUCUACCCCGCAAUUGGGCUUCUCUCAAGCUGCGGGGAGUGGAAGGAGGCCACCCCAGCCUGCCAAUCUCGCACGUCUGGGUCACUCGGUAACUACGCCAGCAGCCCCAGUCAUCUCAAACGGGCCGAGUGGUCUUGGCCAGCAACGCCCUAAAGCUGCCCAAAGUGGCAGUACAACUUCCCUCCCGACAGCCAGUCAUCGAGCUGCCCACGGUCCGUCUCACCUCGGUCCCAACGCCCCAGCUCACCGCCGCACUUCCUCGAGUCACUCCUACAACCGUCCCGCGUCUCUCAUUGCCAUGCCUGGUACUGGAAGCAAAUCGCCCAGCAUGUCUCGUUCGAGCUCGAUGACUGGCAUCUCGGCCGGGCCGUCUUUGAAGAGCGCGGGUAUGCCGUACAAGCCGGGCUUUCAGCCACAAGGGGUCAGGAAUGAUAGAACAGAAGAGUUCAUCGGUGCUAGAGAAGAAGUGGGGGCCGAAAGGGCCAAGGAAGAAGGACGGCUUGGGAGACGGUGGGCCAAGGCAAGUCGACUACCCACAUCAUCGUCAUCCUCCUUAUCGCUCGCAUCUGCCGCCUCGGACAAACGUCGCUCGAUAAUGUCAAUCGAUGGUGCCUUGGAGGCCUUGAAACCCAAGGACAUGUUCAAGGGAUUCAAGGCUGGAUCUGGCCCAGGCGGGGACGAGGGAAGAAAGCGGGCUGCUGAGCAAACCAUUGUCAAGUGGGAAGACGAUUCAGAGGUCAAGAAAUGUAGAAUAUGCUCCUCCUCCUUUUCGCUCUCCAACCGCAAGCACCACUGCCGCCUAUGUGGGCGCAUAGUAUGCUCCCUUCCCCCAACACCCGCAGCUCUCCUGGCCGUCGAGAUCCAGCUCUUCGCCCCUGCUGACCCGUCUGCGUCCAACCAAACCCAGGCGGGUCUUCCCAUUGGCACUCGGAGAGACAGGUGCUCUCUACUUCUCGUCGCGGACUGGAAAACAGGCCGAGGUGAAGAGGUCGAAGAAGGCUUCGUUGGCUGGAUGAAGACUGCAAACGGCGAAGACGGGGAAGAUGGGGAAAGAACGCCGAGGCCGAACGAGACAGACGAUGCUGUACUAGAGUCAAAGCUGGUACCCCAACAGCCGAAGGAAGUCCAAGUCAAGGGGAUGCGUGUCUGUAGGGAAUGCUGGUCUGUCGUAUCCCGGAAACAGAAAAUGCAAGAUCGGCAACGCGUCUCGGGCUUUACGCGUCUUUACCAAGCUCUCCGCACGCUCCAAAGCGAAAUCGAAGAGCUCUCCAUCGAACUGGAUGACCUGCUCUCCGACUUUGCCUCAUCCGCCAUCGAAUCGUCUUCCUCGUCAUUUGACCCUUCGCCGGAGCUCCUCGCUACUCACCGGCAACUCGUCGCUCUCUUUACGCAGUACGAGCACCUAUCUAAACGCCUGUCCAGCCUUCCCUGCCUCGAGAAUUCCGGAUCGCAGGCGGUCGUGCAGGGUAAUAUAGCAAGGAGUGCAGCGGCAUUCAUGGCUCAGGAAAUGGGGCGAUUGCAAGCAAUACCGCGCUUACAAAAGCGGGCGGCGGAGGCAAAAAAGAAGGGGAUGGUGAUCAACGAAGUGACGCUAGCGCAGCUGGAUCUUGAAGACGAGAAAGAAGAGGAGAGUGGGGUAGACGAUGUGGCUGUCUUGUUACAGCCCCUCCUGGAACAAGAAGCACAACUAGAACUGUACAUUUCAGACGCCAAUGCCCAACGGAAAUAUGAAGAUAGCAAAGCCCUACAGGAGGCCCUGAACGAAAUCCGUGCAGAGAUUGGCAGGGUCACCCUGGGGGCAUCACAACGCCAAAGAUGA